GAUUCCAUGGUGAAAGAAACAGCCUGUGAGUUUUUAACCAUCACAGCUGGGAUGAUGACACAGCAAAGACCCGCCUCUCAGUCAGAAAGUGCACCCAGAGAUAAGGUUCAUUUUCAGUGUCCCUGCUGCUGCUCCCGAUCGCAUGGCAACUGCUCUUCUGAGAUGUGAUCAUCAUGGUGGCUGCCCUCCUGUUGGUUUUGGGGGCCACAGUGAUUUUGCGAGCAGACUUACUUCCGGAUAAAAAAUUUUUACUUCUCCCACCUGUUAAUUUCACUAUUAAAGUUACCGGUUUAGCUCAAGUUCUUUUAAACUGGGAACCAAAUCCUGACCAAGAGCAAAGGAAUGUUAAUCUAGAAUAUCAGGUGAAAAUACAUGCACCACAGGAAGAUGAUUAUGAAACCAAGAACACUGAAAGCAAACGCAUAACCAUCCUUCAUAAAGGCUUUUCAGCAAGUGUGCAGACCAUCCUUUGGAACGAUCGCUCUCUGCUAGAGAGCAGCUGGGUUUCUGCUGAACUUAAAGCCCCACCAGGGUCUCCCAGAACCUCGAUUGUGAAUUUAACUUGCAUUACUAACACUGUGGCAAGUGACGGCACGCACUUUCGCCCAUACCAAGUUUCUCUUCACUGCACCUGGCUUGUUGGUGAGGAAGCCCCUGAGGAUACGCAGUAUUUCUUCUACUACAGGUACGGCUCUUGGACAGAAGAAUGCCAAGAAUACAGCAAAGACCCAUUGGAGAGAAAUAUUGCGUGCUGGUUUCCAAGGACUUUUAUCAAUAGCAAAGGGCGUGAGUGGCUCGUAGUGCACGUUAAUGGCUCGAGCAAGUAUGUCACAAUCAAACCGUUUGAUCAGCUGUUUGCUCUUCAUUCCAUUGAUCGAGUCAAUCCUCCAAUGAACAUCACAGCAGUGACUGAAGGGACUCAUCUCUCUAUCCAAUGGGAGAAACCUGUUUCUGCCUUUCCAAUCCAUUGCUUUGAUUAUGAAGUGAAAAUUUACAACAUAAGGAAGGGUUAUUUCCAGACUGAAAAAAUGAAUGCCAACACAUUCAUCUCAAUAAUUGAUGAUGUUUCUAAGUACUCAGUUCAAGUGAGAGCAGCGGUGAGCUCUGUGUGCAGAACAGUGGGCCUCUGGAGCGAGUGGAGUCAACCUAUUUACGUGGGAAAUGAUGAGCAGAAGCCCUCGGCGGAAUGGCUCCUCAUUGUGCUGAUGGCAACCAUCUGCUUCGCCUUGUUAAUCUUCUCACUCCUCUGUAGAAUUUGUCAUUUAUGGACCAAGUUAUUUCCACCAGUUCCAGCGCCAAAAAGCAAUAUUAAAGAUCUCUUUGUAAGCACCAACUAUGAGAAAACCUGUUCCAGCGAAACAGAAAUUGAAGUCAUAAGUUAUGUGGAAGAGCCUGGAUUUGAGAUUCUGCAAGAUUCUGUUUUUUGAGUGUCACUGUGGCAAUCUCAAAAUGAACUCAUGCUCACAUGCCUGAGUGAUAAGAGGAACGGGAACUGCUUUUUCUUGGCUAAGAGGUGUUCAGAACUUGCUGAACAUUUAAUUUAGCCGUAAGGCAAUACACCCGAAUGCACCAGUCUUUCAUGACUAUCUCCUCAGUCACAGCAGCGGUGCUGAUGAAUCAGAGCAUUCUGCCCGGGUUUCUCUCUCCUCGCUGUACGGAUAGAGCCUCCCCAACUGCCCAACUUCGGGAACGGCAUUACUUACCUCAAACAUCUUUUGCAGAAGAGACCACUUUUUUUUUCAGGCUAA